AUGAAUUUAAUCGCCAUCAUCGGAUUAGCAAUUCUCACUCUCCUCCUUCUACUCUAUUUAGUGAUGAGAAAUUAUGAAGCCAAAGUCAUUGGUAAAGUUCAAGUCGUUGGUUUGAAAACAAACACUCACCAUCCUUCUCAUCAUGAAACACAAGAGGAUCAUCAUGCAGAAGAGAGAGAACUGAACGGAGGAGGAGUCCUCCGGCCCACCCAUCAUGAUGAUGAUCAUAAUGACACUCACCAACCGCUAUUAUUGAAAAAGAAGAAGAUUACUUUUCAAACACCCGAUCCUGUUCCCGUUAGCGAAUUGGCCCAUUACAAUGCUCUUUGGUGUUUACUCGUGAAUAUCUUUCGGUACAAUCAAGCCUCAGUACAAACCUAUGAACGAGCCUUUGCUCUUCAACACUUUCGUCCACAUUUUGGUUUCGUUGGCAAGAUUCCAGUGGUCAUAUUUGCCACACCGAGUGCUGCCCGAGUGUUUGUAACGAAAUGGAAAGAGGUUGCAAAGGACAAUACAUUGGUCUUUACGGAAGAUAUGCACAAGUUCUUUGGAGUGAAUGUGGUAUUCUCAAAUGGUGAUGAGUGGAAGAGACAGAGAAAAGUUCUUGACCCUUCAUUCUAUAAUAUUGAACGAUUUACUCAGACAUUUGUUGAGAAUGCACAAAAAACCAUGUCCUUAUUGAACAAGUUGUUCCAAGAUAAGGGAAUUCAGGAAAUUGAAAUUUCUCCUUCUGAUGUGACUGCAAGAAUGGCACUUGAUGUGUUGGGAUUAACAAUAUUUGGAGAAGAUUUUGAUUACUUGUCACAAUUAGUUCCCAAUCACAAAUCUGCAUCAAAUGAAUCAAACAAAAAAGCACUCGAUGCCUAUCAUUAUGUCAUGAACAAUAUUGGAAAUGCAGCGAGAUUAUUUAUUGGCAAGCCAUACACGUCCUUACCUUUGGAAAGCAAUGUGAAAAUGGAUGAAUCCAUUGAAGUGUUUCAACGAUUUUUAGAUUCUAUUAUUGAGAAGUGUCGAAAACAAAAAGAUGACAAGAACACACUUCUUCAUUCCAUGAUUGAAGCUGUUGACGAUGAAGGUCAUGAGACCACAGCUAGUGCAUUAGCAUUCUUAUUUUACUCUCUUGCCAAGAACCCUCAAGUUCAAGAAAAACUCUAUGAAGAAAUUGUGAGCACUUUCUCAUCAGGAGAGGACAUUUCGAAUUACAACAAGCUACAAAAUAUGACAUAUUUAGAUUGUGUUUUGAAAGAGAAUAUGAGAUUGUAUCCUCCUAUCAGUCAACUUCCGCCAAGAAUUUUAACUUCGUCGCAAGUGAUUGAUGGAUACAAAAUUCCAAAGGAUUUUUUGGCAAUUUUGAACAUUUAUGCCCUUCACAGACAUCCUGAUGUGUGGGGAAAAGAUGCAGAAGAAUUCAAACCAGAGCGAUUUUUGGAGAAUUCAUAUCCUCCAUUCUCGUAUCUGCCAUUCUCGCUGGACCAAGAGUGUGCUUGGGCAAACAAUUUUCAUUGA